UUGAAAGAUGAUCAGUUAGAAAGAUGAUAUUUUUAAAUUCCACAAACAAACAAACAAAAUGCCAAGUAGUGCCAAAUAGUGGAUGCUUUGUAUCUCAUGGAAAAUUACAGCACAUGGUGCACAUGAUGGUCACUUCCGCUUAAGCAACUUUAGUGUAUGUGAACAAAACCUUUUGCAUCCACAAGGUGGCACUUCAUCCUAUAACAACAGAGCCUGAAUGCUGUAAGUGUACCAAGAGUUCCAUUAGGUGAUUCAUUCAAAUGACUGAAAACGUCUCAUCAGGAAAUGAUUCCAAUGUUGCGAGACAGUAUCGCAUCAUGUUUUCAGAAAUCUAUUUGUACACUUCCAUUUUCUGCAGACAUGACAAACCCAGACAGGCUCCUUCUGCAGACCGCUUGGGACUGGAUACGAGAUCAGCAGAGUCUCCUUACGUCUCCAUUUUUUCCGGUUUUAUUCUCUCUGACAGUUUACCUGAGCUGCUGCUUGCCAUACGCCUUCCUUGAUUUGCUCUGCUCCAGACUGACGCUGGUGCGCCGCUUCAGGAUCCAGCCUCAAAGCAAGGUGACGUGGGCUAUGUACUGGAGGUGCCUGUGUAAAAUUUUCCAGAACCACGUCUAUUUCAUUUUCCCUCUGUCUGUCGUGCACUGGUACUGGAAGAACGUGGUUUCUCCUCCUCUGGCGCCGGACGUGCCGUCUGUUCUUAAGGACGUCCUGGCCUGCCUCCUCUUGUUCGACAUGCAGUGCUUCCUGUGGCAUCUUCUGCACCACAGGGUGAACUGGCUUUACCACCACUUCCACAAGGAGCACCACCUCCACACAGCUACGUUCUCCUUGAUGACGGAGGACACGGGCAUCUGGGAGAUGCUGAGCCUCAGCUUCUUCUCAGCAAUGGCCCCGGUGAUCCUGGACUGCCACCCGCUCACAGAGAUGCUCUUCUUCAUCGCAAACAUUUAUCUGUCUGUGGAGGCUCACUCUGGCUAUGAUUUCCCCUGGUCUCCACACAGACUGGUGCCCUUCGGCCUCUACGGAGGAGCUCAGCAGCAUGACCUCCACCACCUGAUAUUCAAAGUCAACUACGCGCCGUACUUCACGCACUGGGACAGACUGUUUGGCACACUGGAAGAAGGAAGCAGGAAGACGCGAGAGGACGUAUUAAGAGAUUAAUACCGGAAUAUGUGAAGGGUAUUUGAAGAGCAACCAGUGAUAACAACUGUGAUUGGCAUUUAACGUGAUCAAAACAAUAGCUAAAAUAGGUCACAGUCUCUGUUUUAAAUUUGUUUUCCUGACUACAGUCACAAAACACUGUUUCAUUGGACACGUGAUGUAAUGUUGCUCCUUCCACCAGGACCAAAGUGGAGAAUUAUGGGUAAGGAGUGGCUCCAAAUGUUAAAACCUGCUCAGCAUGAAUGAUACAUAUACUAGGGCUGUCGCGGUAUACCGGUAUUGAUGACAAUCGUGGUAUUAAAAAAUUGAAUUUCAAUAUUGUGUUAAAAAUGUGCAUAUGAUAAUAUCGUGUAAAUUAUCCAGUGCUUUUUGAAAAGUGUUUUUUUUUUUUUGUUUGUUUUUUUACAUCUGCCCAUUUUCUUGCAUUCUACUGUUAUUUUGAGUGUAAUUCAUCUCCCAAAAUAGAGAAAAAGACAUAAUUAAAAGUUAAAGAUGCAUUUCCUGGAUUUUGGCAUUAUUCUUUACAUUUUUGUUGAUGUGGCUGAUACCUCAGCCGGGGUCAUGUGGUGUGAACGACCCCAGUCACGGUAAUAUUAUUUCAUUUUCAUGGCUU